AUGCUGCUCCUCCACCUCCUGAGUGCGGCGUCGGCGUGGGCCCACCGCAGCCCUGAACUCGCCGGCUCGGCCCUGGAGCUGGAGACACAGAGAGGCAUGGCGAAGCCGACUGACGAGGUGUACUUUAACUUGACAGACUUGCUGGCCAAUUUGACCUUCGUCCCAAAUAGCACGACGCCUCAGAAGGUCAUUCUCCAAGCUGGCGUUCAUCAAGGCAACUACCUGGUUCCCGCCUGGGCAAAUCUGGAGCUGCAGGGCCAGGCAGGGGCGAAGCUUCGGGAUCUCUUCUUAUAUCACGCGGCCGGGACUCAUCUCACACUCCGAAGCUUGGAGCUCGAAAAGGUGAAGCUUCAAAGUUGCCCUUACUACCUCUGCGACUACCAGCUGGUGGAGGCAAACCCUCCCAGAGCAGAUCUGCUUGAAGUGGAAGGGUACGAGCUGUAUGCCCCCCUCCCCGUGGUCUCGAUGGUGAACUCAAGCUUUGCCAGUGCGAUGUUUGAGAGUUCUGCCCGUGCCCUCACAGUCGAAAGGUCCAGCCUCAACAACCUGACGGUAAGACUGUCGCAAGCCGAAUCCAUCCUCAGCGUCGCGGACUCGAACAUCACGGGCAGCUACAAGCUCGCCUUCGGCGGAAUCGGCAGCCAGCUCAGCGUGCGGCACUCCUACCUUGGGCCUUGUCAAGGACCGGACCCUUGCCUCGACUUCGACUUGCGGGCUCGGUCUUCGGCCGUCCUGCAGCACGCCCAGCUGGAGGCAGUGCGCGGCCGUGCGGAGAUGAGCCGGGGACGAUGGGACAUCACGAGCUGCAGCCUGACAGGCCCCUACCGACUCACCGCGCAAGGGGAGGGAUCGCUGAACGUGCAGAACUCUUACCUGGGCCCCUGCGCCGGUGCUUGCGUGCAAAGCCAGAAGACCAGGAACUUCACGCUGGCGCUGACGGGCUCCGUCGUGCGCACGGCCCUGCGCCUCUCUGAGAGCGAGGGGGUGCGAGUGGACCUGCGGGACGUGCAAGCCUCUAUGCUCCACUCCCCGUUCCUCUCUGUCUCCAAUGAGCCCUCUGAAGAGUUGGUCGAUGAGGGUCCCCUGGUCGACGUGGCCUUGCGCAACGUGAGCCUUCGAGACGUCUGGAACGCCGUCAGCAUAGCUUCGACCCACUGGACGUUGGACAUGCGAGAGGUGACAGUUGACAAGGCCAUGAUCGCAGCCAUCAGCCUGCAAACUUUGGGCCCACGCGGCAUUGGAAAGGUGCAGCUGAGUGAUGUCACCAUGCACAACAUCUUGGGUGCUGGGCUGAUCAUGGACGGAAACAUCACCACUCGCAUGGACAGGACCACGUGCAGCACUUGCAACAUGGCCAUUGCCGCCAAAGGGGCGAAUCUCAACAUGACCCAGGUGGAUAUGAUGGGCAAGGCGGACCAAGGCGUUGGCAUCGUGUUGGAGUCAGGCCGUCUGCAAGCGCAUGACGUGCGCGGGGUUGACUUGGCUGCCGCCCUAAUGAUCAACACUUCCUGCGUAGACAUGGAGGACGCCUUCUUGACCGACAAUGCUAUCGGCGUGGUUUCCACAAACUCCACGGGCAGCAUUCGUGGCCUCGUUUACUUCAACGAUGCCAUGGCGAUUCUUGAUGGACAGCUCAAGAUCGAGGAGCCAAGCGUCUUCAUGAGGUUGCACCAUCGAGAGUUCACAGCCCUCGUCUUACUCUGCACCCUUGUCUCCACAGUCUCGGCGGUUCAGCUCCUCAAGCUGUUCUACAUGGAGGCAGCGUUCGCGUGCUACAUGGUGUUGUGGGCACUCGGCUGCACCCUGGGCCCGGUCGCCAUCGUCGUCUCCAUUCAGGUGCUGCUCGUCAUCCGGCGCAUGGUUCGGAUGCAGGAAGACAAGGACCGUGCAAACAUGGAGGAGUACUUGAGCCCGGAGGUGAAAAUGGAGUGGGUCCUCCUGCUGAAUCUCAUCUGGGCCAUCUGCGGCGUGAUGUACGUGCUGUUCGACGUCCUCCGCCAUCGCAGUAGCCUGACGGCGGUCGGCGAUGCGAAGCAUCGAGAGGCGCUGCUGGCUGAGAAGGAUGCACUGAAGCAGCGCCUCGACGACCCGGCACUCCGGGACAAGCUGCACGACCUGCACCGGGGCCUCCAUCACGCAGUCUCCGACAGCAAGGAGGAUGAUGCAGGCCGGAUUUUCGAGGAGAUGAGAGACCUCGCAGCUGCGGAAGCCUCCCGCCUGGCCACCUGGUUCGUGGACCAACGCCGGGCCUACGAGGAGGAGGACGACGGGGCACGCAUGGAGAAGCUGACGCAGAUUCCGUCCCAAUCCGGGGAGGUGGUGCAGCCGCCCGUGGCGCAGCACUUCUGCAGCAGCGCCGAGUUGGCGGUGGAUGCCUUGGCCGCCUCCGCGAGUUGGUUGCGCGCAGACUUCAAGAGGCAGCUCAGUGAGAUGGUUCGUGGACUCAACGACAUCAGCCACAAUGACCUGCGGAGGUUCGACGCGAAGCUGGUGCUGGACCCCUCUCUGCACCAACUGCAACCCGAGCCUGGCGCGGAAUGCGGAACCCACCUAGGGCUCCUGGUGGCCCCCAUCAAGAGCAAGGAGCGAGCGCUGGCAAAAAUCAGCACGGACUACCAGAAGGACUUCGAUGCCGGGAAGAAGACCGAGCAACCACUGGCACGAUACGUGUGCGACUUCCUGCGCGCCACCAUCUACGCAGCGGACCCCUUCGCGCUGGCCAUUGCCUUCCAUAGCUUGCAGGAGCGGUUCAAGAUUGUGCGCGUGAAGAACAAGUUCGCAGACACGAAGUUGAAAGAUGAGGAGCGGACGAACAUCCUCGUGAACCUGUGGGUGGAAGGGAAGGGCAUGAAGCAGAUUGGCGAAGUGCAGUUCCUCAUGCAGGAGUACCUGACGGCGAAGUCACUGCAGCACAUGUACUACGACGUCGUCAGGGCAGAAGCCGCCAGGGAGCUUUUCGACAAGCCGAUCUUUCGCUAA